AAGAAAGAUUUCGAAAUCCGCGAUCUGUAACAAUUACUACUGGUUAGCACAUUAUCAUUUGCUUAACGUUAGCCUUAGUUACAGUUACACUAAAUCGAGUGGCAUUACUUGACAAGUGACCGCACUGGAAGUAACCAGUUUGGCUAUCGGGUUCAGCCAAAAAUCAUCAUUCCUCCGGCUAACGGACUACCGGCUAUUUUUCAACGCGAUUCGCAAUGUGAGCGAGAGAUAAGUCCCGAGCUUUUAAUCUAAUUAAAUGUUGAUUUUUCCAACUUUCAAUUACCGGGAUAGUUUAUUUUUUAUCUUGUUUUUGACACCGAGACACUUUUUGCGGUGAUAAAAUGAAGAUUUGUUUGAUGACUUUUUUUUUUGUUUAUGUUCAUUUUGUUCGAGUUAAGACUGAUAGUUCAAUCAUGACCACUCAAAGUACUAAUGUAGCUACCACUGAAUCUUAUAGACAAUCGCGAGCGUAUAGACGUGGAGAAGAUCACAAUCAUAAUCAUGAUCAUGAUCACGAUCAUGAUCAUGAAGAAGAAGAGGAGGAGGAUGAUCAAGCAGAUAUGGAUCAGAUGGACGUGGACGGAGAUAUGGAUUCAAAAUCUCUAGCAGAGUCGAAAGGAGAGUACUGGGGCGGGUAUUACGACUUCCUCAUAAACGAAGGGAGCUACAAAUUUUGGGCUGUCUUUCAACUUGCCACCGCUGCGCUCCUCAUAUACAGCGGUUUCGCGGCUCUUUACUACGCCAAGGUUAAUCCUUCGACCACCGAUGACUACGAGGAUUAUUUCCUUCGCAGAAGAAAGCGUCAUAUUAGCGACACGCUUUUCAAACUCGACGACGCCACAUUCCAAAGGAUUAUCGACGCAUUAGAACUUAAUAUUCAUUAACUUUAAUCUCUUAUGUAAUUUUAU